AUGGUACGAAAGAGUCGAAACUUUGAUGGCUGUUGGACUUGUAGAUCUAGAAAAGUCAAAUGUGACUUGCAGAGACCUAAGUGUCAGAGAUGUAUUAAGGCUGGUAUUGACUGUGCUGGUUAUAAUAUCAAGCUAGGUUGGUCAAACCCGCUAUCUAUUUCUGCAGAUAAUAAUGCAAUGAUUUGCCUUGAAUUAGGGGAAGACGACCAAAAUUCAGAAUCCACAUUUCAAAGACGAAACAUUGAUUUUGUUAGAUUUUCAAACUCGCUGCAAUAUGAUACAUUUAAAGAAGUGAGUAAUAGUUUGAACAGAUUGGAGAUUAUUUCACAACAGAAUAAAAGCCCGAAUUUCCGAGUUGGCCCAUUCAGUGUAUACAGAAUAGAAGGGUUGAAAAGGCAAAAGCUUCCUUCUCCAGAAACCCGUGAAUGGCAGAUCAGUUACGAUGUGAGCGAUAGCGAAAGUAGCCACCAUGAUGAUAAAGAAAAUUCUAAUAAGCACAAUCGUCUUAAUGACACAAAUCAUAUUUCACAUAAUGAAAUUGAAGGUUCUAUUUUCUCUAAAAGUAAUAAUUCGUGGGUUCAUUAUGAAUUGUUGGACUCUGCUAAAUUGACAACAUUAGCAAUAAAAGGAAUAGAUUAUAAACUAAAUGAACAGAACAUGCUACAUAUAUUGUAUCCUAAAUUUUUUCCCAAUAUCGAUUCAGAUGACUGGCUCGCUGAUCAGAAUAUUUUAAAGAAGCUCUUUUAUGAAUUACCUAUUUCAAAUGAAUUAAAAUUAACUGGCUUAUUUAAGGAAUUGCUAAAUAAGUUUAAAAAUGUAACAUUUUCAUUUGUGAGAGUGCAGUACUCCAAUAAUUACUGGGAGACUAUAGUUCUUCCAUUCAUUAAUAAUAUUGUGUGUGAAUUUAUCUGCAUGAAUUUUGCAUCUUGGAUAAACAUCAAAAUGAGACCCGAUGAGAAUGCCAAUUUGGAUCUGCUAAAGUGCCACAUAAAGCUCGGUAUUAUAUACCUAUUAUUUAGUCUUUCAGCAAUUCAAAUAUCCAACGGGUUAUCGAAUACCGUCAUUAAUGAAAAUGAAACAUAUUAUAUGGAUGAUUAUCUUAAGCUAAGCAUUGAGUUGAGAAAAAUGAGCAUAACUUUACUAAAUCACCACCUCGAUGAAUACGAUAAUAACAUGGAUGAUGAUACGCUUGAGUACGAAAAUUUGCUAUUGCUUUGUAUAAUAUUACAAAUUCAGGCUGAUAAUUAUUUCAGUGUCUUUGAGAAUUAUGAAUUACUAUUUGCAAUUGGGGGAUUCAUUUUGCAAAGCAAAUUUAAUGAUAUGGAUACUCUACUGGAUUUAUCAAAAUAUCUUUCUAGUACAUUUCGACUUAUGAGUGUGUUCUUCGAAUCGACUCACUCGAUUAACGUAUUCACGUACUCGAUUGAUUCGAAUGAUGAAGAGAACUACAAAGAACUAGGUACAAGCCAUAAUCUAAUAGAAGCUAAUAUAGCGAUAAAAGACAUUCCAGAAAAGCCGUGGACUCCGACACCCGGGAUAGAUACUAAUUCGAUUUAUCUUAUGUACGGUAUACCGCGUUCUUUAAUCAAACUUUUCAAGAAAGCUGUCGAUUUAACCAACCAUAAAAAUAUCUUUCGUGCACGAAAUGAUUUUCCAAGACACUUCUUCAAAGUCUGUGCCGAUGUGAAACAAUUGAUCACCGAGUGGGACGUCAAUAUGCACUGGAAGCUAUACAACGAGAUAUAUAAUCCGAUAUUAAAGGAAACAGAACGAAUUUUUAUUCUGCGAUUCCACCAAGCCUUAUUUCAUAAUAUUAUGGCUUUUCACAACGCACUCAAGGUCUACUUCUACCGACUCGUGCAAGAUUCUACUCCAAACCAAUACCAACAAUACAUACGACAAUCCUUCUUCCAUUUACACGAAUUGGUCACCAUUAAUAGACAGAUCCCCGAGUUUGAGUUUAAGCCGUCCUUUUGGAUUCUCUUGGUGUGCGGCAGCGAUGUCAUAGAUGCAACGUUGCAACACGACAUAAAACUGUUGUGGUCAUCAAAAGAAAUGGGCUACUUCAAUUACUGGAGAGGAAAACAACUUCUUUACGAAGUGUGGAAAAGGAGAGAGAUUGGAGAGACCUUUAGUUGGAUGGAUAUGGUACGGGAGUGGGAUAUCGUGUUGUGUUGUGUUUAA